AGGGCAAACCGCGCCCACUUCACUGUUCUGCUGGUACCCGAACACAUUGUUAACGCAGCCUGUUCGUGAAUUACCAUUUUGUUUAUUUGGCGACAGUAAUCGCUCAGCGUCUGCCUUCACAUCUUAGUGAUUCUGGACAAAAGAGCGUCUGGUGAGUCCCGGACAUCGCACCAUUUGUUGACAUCCUUGCUACGUUCAGCGCCAUUUGCAGACAGCUGUUGCCAUGACAACAGACGAGGCGGAAAGUCACCAGAAUAAGCCGCGGCAGCAGGAGGAGGCCUGUCAGGAUGCCAGGCCCCCCUCACCAGAGGAGGACCAGCUUCGGCCUCGCAAUCGCAACUCUGCCGGACGUGGCCUCUCCCGCCUCUUCUCAUCCUUCCUGAAGAGGCGCUCACAGUGUGAGAAUGACGGGGGAGACGACAAGGAGAACAAAGAAGAAGAAGCUAAAGCCCCCAUUGCUGACCCUGAACCUGAACUGAGAACGGAGGCCGAUAUUGCCCUGGAUCAGCACUCAAUGAACAGCGCUGAGGCUCAGGCUGCCCAGGUAGAGAAGAAGGAAGGAGAGGAGGCUGGAAAGGACAACACAAGCAACAGGGAGAAAGCAGAGGACGUUGCCCUGGAGAAAGAAAAGAAAAUAGAGGAGAGAGAAGAGGAGGAGGAAAAGGAUGAGUGUAGGCCUGAACAUGGCAGUAUGGGGGAGAAGGAGGAAAUGGCACCCAAGGAGGAGCCCAAAACUCCCAGAGCUCCACGACGACCCAAGACCAUCCAGAUCAAAGUCGUCCUGCUAGAUGAUGCUGUAUAUGAGUGUGAGCUGGAGAAACACGCCAAAGGCCAGGAGCUGCUUGUGAAGCUGUGCGAGCACCUUAACCUGCUGGAAAAAGACUACUUUGGGAUUUGCAUCUGGGAGUCAUCCAUUAUGAAGACGUGGAUGGACCUGACGAAGGAGAUCCGCAGGCAAGCGAUAGGUGCCAACUAUAAUUUCACCUUCAAUGUGAAAUUCUAUCCACCGGACCCAGCCCAGCUGUCCGAGGACAUCACAAGGUACUACCUGUGUCUUCAACUGCGGAAGGACAUCCUGCAGGGUCGCCUUCCCUGUUCCUUCGUCACUCUGGCCUUGCUGGGCUCCUAUGCCCUGCAGUCAGAGCUCGGCGAGUAUGACCCCGAGCUACACAGCAUUCAGUACGUCAAGGACAUGAAGAUGGUGAAGGGACAGACCAAGGAGCUUGAGGACAAAAUGAUGGAGCUGCAUCGUACAUACAGGUCAAUGACGCCAGCCCAGGCAGACCUAAUGUUCCUGGAAAAUGCCAAGAAGCUGUCCAUGUACGGCGUGGACCUCCACCAAGCCAAGGAUCUGGAUGGUGUGGACAUCAUGCUGGGAGUUUGCUCCAGUGGGUUGAUGGUUUACAAAGACAAACUGAGAAUCAACCGCUUUCCGUGGCCCAAAGUCCUCAAGGUGUCAUAUAAACGCAGCAGCUUUUUCAUCAAAAUAAGACCCUCAGAGGUAGAGCAGUAUGAGAGUGCCAUUGGCUUCAAACUUCCCAAUUACAAGGCAGCAAAGAAGUUGUGGAAGGUUUGUGUGGAGCAUCACACUUUCUUCAGGCUGACCUCUACUGAGAUGGCCACCACUCCCAGGAAGUUCCUGGUGCUGGGCUCAAAGUUUCGCUACAGUGGUCGGACUCAGGCUCAGACCAGACAGGCAAGCUCCCUGAUCGACAGGCCGGCUCCUCUCUUCCAGCGCUCCUCUAGCAAGAGGGACUCACGCAGCCUCGAUGGAGCCAUGGUGUCCACUCCUGACAACAAGUCCAGUCGUCCAGUCAGCGCUCCCAUUAUGUCACCAGUAUCUCCAGGAGAGGCUACUCCUUCACCGCUGUUGGCCACUCUGCAUCGCACCCCCCACCAUGGCUGUACACCCAAAGCCCACUGCUGUGCAGACAGAAAGGCAGCAGUAAAGACAGACAGUCAAGCAGCUGACCAGACCAAGAGCUACAGCCCAAGGGCAAAGUCCACUCCAGACAUCAAGCAGCCAGUGGCCAGGAGAGAGCGGAGGCACUCCCCCUGUGUAAACAUCAGUCAAUGGGAGAGAGAGAAAAAGAGCCAGCACUCUCCUCAGGACAGGGCAAAGACGGAGAUGGUGCGAGUGAGAAAGAAAAGAGCUAAGAAACUUGAAGGUGAAACUAUUUAUAUCAGACACAGCAACCUAAUGUUGGAGCUUGACCCUAAAUGCUUGGCAUGCACAAUUUUCCUCUCUGAUUCUCAUGACCUGGAUAAAACCCAGACUGAGAUCAUGCGCCACCACACAAGCAUCAGUGAGUUAAAGAGAAGUUUCAUGGAGUCUGUGCCAGAGCCUCGGCCCAGUGAGUGGGAUAAGCGUCUGUCCACCAACUCACCUUUCCGCACUGUCAGCAUCAACGGCCAGUUCCAGCCAGCGUCACCUGUGAUGAAGACCCAGACAAUCACCAUCUCAGAUGUCACCAACUCGCUGAGAGGGACUGUGGACUACAAGGAAGUCCCCUUAGUUCACACUGAGACUAAGACCAUCACGUAUGAGUCAGCACAACAGCCUGUUGAGAGUCUAGCUGAGAGAGACUCUGGAGUACUGCUGAGUGCCCAGACCAUCACUUCUGAGACCAUCAGCACCACUACCACAACCCAGAUCACCAAGACAGUGAAAGGAGGGGUCUCAGAGACUCGUAUUGAGAAGAGAAUCGUCAUUACUGGAGACACGGAAAUCGAUCAUGACAAGGCUUUGGCUCAGGCUAUUAAAGAGGCAAAAGAGCAGCACCCAGAUAUGUCUGUUACCAAAGUAGUUGUGCACCAGGAAACGGAGAUUACUCCAGAGUAAGACCUGAAGAUCCUGUGGAAGACCUCUCUGCUCCCCCACUGUCCCUGCUCCUAAAGUCUAUGUGUCCAUCACACCCACCAGCACUUCCUUCCCUAUGAGCCCAGACCAGCAGAGGGAGCAGCCUUCAGUGAUGAGUAUGAACGUUAAACUCUGUGAGUCUGGCUAUGGCCUGUGGGAGACAUUGAAAAUUACGCAGAAACCUCCCAGUAUUUCCCACAAUCCCCAUUUUCUACCACCUACUGCCAAAUGAUCAACCAGUGGACUGAAGCAAAAAACAUUUUUUAAAGAAAAAACAAGGAAAUAAAGUACAGUAUUUGAUGUAUUCCUCUCCAAUUUGUCUGGAGAUUUUAAGAACAUUUUCAAGGACAUUUGGUCUUUUAAUCUUGGGAUUACUGGUACUUUAUUUUUCUACAGCUUUUCUUACCAUCAAAAUUGGUUUUCAGCUAUUUAAAAGUCAAAUGUUUUUAACUGUGCAUUCCAAAAUAAAACAACAAAGGGAUUGUGUGCGAUUUUAUUUUUCUUGGACUUACACAUCAGAACUCAAGGACCACUCUCAAAUUUGAACAUAGGUUUGGGUUAUUUCUUGUACAGUAAAUGCUUUAUUUUCUGUGUCAAUAUUAACAAAAAAUAUUUUUUCAAUUCAUGUAUAAAUACAUUGACUAUCCAACUAGAGGCCAAUUAUUCCUUUGAUGUUAUUUAAAGCUCUGACUUAACAAUAAUGUUCAAUGAUAUUUACAUCCUUGGAUUGUUUUAGUUGUUCUUGUUGCUUGUGUAGUAAUUGUGUUACUAGACAUAAAGAAAUGUUUAUUUUAAUGAUUUCAUCCUCUGUCUUCUUUCCAUGUGUUUGCAUUGUAGCUAAAUUCUCAACAGUUGUAUAAAACUUCUUGAUUUCAAAAUUAAACCACUCCAGUCUUCAUGUGUUUCACAUGGGCAGUGUGCACAAAGACAACCUGUUGGAGUAUAACCAGGUCACAGAGUCAACAUCACUAGACGCUAAUAAUCAUAGAAGCAAAUAAUACUUUUGUGUUAAAGCAGAAAACUUAUUACUAGUGUUUUUUCAGCCUAUAAAAUAAUAUAUAAAUCCUUGUUAGUUCAUUUUUUUUAAAUAAGUUUAAUCAAUUUAAGAACACUAGAUUUCACCUCUGUAAAGAAGACAUGGUCUAGGCAUAUCUAUGUCCUCUAGAUGUGGACUGGAAGUGGUCUAGUUUUGGUCUGGACGUAUCUACAUGUGGUCUAGAUGUGGUAUAAAAAUAUCUAUACAAGGUGUACAUGUAGUCUCGACGUGGUCUAGAUGUGGUCUAGACUGGGUCUUAGCCCUACUUUUCUGUUAAAUAUUUUCCCUGACUCAUCAUUGUAGUUCUUGUUUGGGUUCUCCAAACAAGAACUACAACCUGAACAUUCUCCACUACAUUGAACAUAGACCAGAUGACACAUCACAAAAUGGUACUAGGAUUCUAGCAGGAUGGUUUAGAGGUACCUACCAAACUACUGAACAGACAGAAAUGCUGAAAUGAAUAAACAGAGAAAACAGCAAAUAUUAGUGAAAAUUCCAACAUAGACGGACCAUGUUUUUAUUCAUCCAUAUUAUGUUUUUUCUGUAUUUUCUGCAUGUAUGUAUUUAUUCUUGUUGUAUUUCUUGAUCCUAUUUUAUCAACAUUUGUAUGUUGUUUCUAUUUAGUCACUUAUUUAUAACUCACCCUUUGUUUACUACACAUUAUAAUGAACUGUGCUUCUGUAGCUUCAAAAACAGAUUUCCAUCUUUUUAUUUUUAUAAGUAAGAUGAGGGCAAAGUCAAAAACAAUGUCCUAAAGCUCUUCGUCCUGGUAUAAUGGAAACCAUCCCAGCUGUCGUUCAGGUGAGAGGCAGGACACACGUCAGUACUAAACGUGACUGCCUGUCUUUGGAUUGAUGGAGCUUGUCCUUUGUGGCACAGUUCAAGCAUUCACAUGAUUAUAAUAUUACUUUGUUAAUAGGUAGCUCAAUGUGCAAACUACCUAUUCCACACAGAGCUAUAUUUAGUACAUUUUAUUUGUUUUAACACAUGCUGUCAUCAUCGUGGUGGUACUCUCUUCUCUAUGGAAACAGCAAAACAGCUGUUUUUCUUUAUUGUGAACCCUCACUAUGACAUGUAAUAAACAGUUGGAUCUAUGUGUUUGA